AUGGCAAAAAGGUGCGAAGGGCGGCGGGGCCCAGGUCGAGGACCACCUCGCGAGGAGAAUUGUUCCAGCGACUUUUGCAGGGAGGAGCGAGGAAAAGGAGAGCUUGUGCCACAACCCAAUAGGCCCCUGGAAUGUUUUUUUCCCGGAUGCGUAGCGAAGGGAUCUUUUUUUCUUGGUAUACGGGGUCUGGGGGUGGAGUCUUGUUUGCGGGUCGUUGCGCGUUGCGGGUCUCCAAUCGACCCUUGCUGUACCUAUAGGAAUUGCUACAAAAAGUGA